CUCGGCGUCCUCGGUCCGGCGCGGGGUCACUCAUGCACGUCAAAUUCCGGCCAUUGUUCCCUGACCACCAUUAGCGGAAGCAAAUUGGGCAUAAACAGCUGUCCAGGGUACUAUACCUCCGUCAGAGAACAAUAGAAAGCAUCGCAGAAACAUCCGUGCAUCUGUCUCCCCUCCCUGAUCCUCAUGUCUGAGCCAGCUCCCCCUCACGAACUAAUCAUCGCCGAGUCGCGCACGGCCAAGACGCAGUGCUUCUCAAUCCGCACACGGGUCUUCUUCGAUGAGCAGCAGUUCCCCAUAUCAACAGAGUUCGACGAGCACGACGAUGACCCAGCCACUGGCCAUAUCCUGCUUCGCCUGACACCUUCGCUAGAGCCCAUCGGGACGAUCCGCGCCAUCAGACCGCCUGGGGCCACCUAUUACAAACUGACCCGGCUCGCCGUGCUCAAGGACUAUCGACAGUACCGCUUCGGCCGCGCACUCGUUCACGCGCUCCAUGACUGGGUCCGCCGUCACGUCGCUGCCGCACAGCCAGACGCAGCUACGGCGGAGAUCGUCUGUCAUUCGCAAUUAUACGUCAAGGGAUUUUAUGCGAAGUUCGGAUACGAGCCUGUCGGCGAAGAGUUCGACGAAGAUGGCGCGCCGCAUCAGAAGAUGGUCCUGCGUUUGCCCCUCCAUCCGGCCACAUGAACCUGCAGGUACCCCGGCCUUCCGCCACCGCAGAUCCCUCGUCUAUAUCCAACUCAUGCUCGCUUGUACAACGUCAUCAUAAUCGAUGGGUAUUCUGCCCGCCUAAACCUCGCC